AUGGCGUCCCCCCGUACACCACCUCACUCUCCUCUCCAGGAGCCGUGUGCUCCUAAAUCGCGUACAAGCAACUCGCGACUGAGCCCCGAGGCCAUGAAGCGCGCACAGGCUGCCUUCCAGAAGUCAUUCCAAGUCACCAACGUGCCUUUCCACAUUCGUCCACUUUCGCCGCCGGCUACUCCACCCAGGAGCCCAGAGAUGCAUGCCACCAACUCGUCAGACGACGUCGAGGCCUUCCACCUCCCUCGUCCUCGCGUUGCAUUUGCGCUCCAGCCUCCCAUCGCGCUCAAGCCCUCACCGACUUCGAGCGUGAUGAUGACUCCACCCAACGCCCAGCCGAAGUUCGGCCUGGGUGCACCCCUCCUUCCCGGUACCCCCUUGUCAGCACCCUCUUCUCCCUCGCCAAUGCCACGAACAAUGGCCGGCACUCGUCUGAAGGAGAUGACACUCCAGGGCCAGUAG